UGCAAAAUUUUCCACUAAGCAGUCAAGAGUUUAACGCUGAAACUGACUGAUAGUGCAGUAGAAUAUAAAUCCUAUAUAUAAUCCUAAAGCCAUGUCGCGUCGUGCCUUCAAAGUACUCAUAUCCCAUCCAAAUGUACCUCUACCGGCUCUGGAUCUGCUUAGAUCCCGUGGAGCAGAGACCAUCAUCUGCCAGAGUGUGCCCCCCAGCAGGGAGGAGAUCCUUCAGAAAGUUCCCGGUGUGGAUGCCAUCUACUGGGCCCACUAUCAGCCCUUAAAUGCCGGUAUACUGGAUGCUGCCGGCUCGCAGUUACGUUGUGUCACCACCAUGUCAUCGGGCAUUGAUUUUGUGGACAUUCCUGAAUUCAAAAAGCGACAAAUUCCACUGGGACACACCCCGGGGGUGGUGAAGAAUUCGGUGGCUGAUCUGGCAAUUGGAUUGAUGAUUUCCGCCGGGCGUCACUUUCAUGCCGGACGCACAGAAAUCGAAAAAUCCCAAUGGAAAACGGAGCAAAUAAACUGGAUGAUGGGCCAGGAGAUUCGGGACUCGGUGAUCGGUUUCUUUGGCUUUGGCGGCAUUAGUCAGGCCAUUGCCCAGCGAUUACAGAGCUGGAAUGUGGCUAAGAUUAUCUACCACACCAGGACGCGAAAGGACAACGAUAUCGACUACAAAGCUCAGCAUGUGUCCUUUGAGGAACUUUUGCAGGAAAGCGACUUCUUGGUCGUAGCUGCCCCUCUAACAAACGAAACCAGGGAAAAGUUCAAUGGCAAGGCUUUCGAUUUAAUGAAAAAGAGUUCGGUUUUCGUCAAUGUGGCGCGAGGUGGCCUGGUUAACCAGCCUGAUCUGUAUGAUGCCUUGACCACUGGAAAGAUAUUUGCCGCUGGUUUGGAUGUCACCACCCCAGAACCACUGCCUGCCGAUAAUCCACUUCUCACUCUGCCUAAUUGUAUCAUUCUUCCUCAUAUGGGCACUCAAACCUGGAAAACCACCACCGAAAUGAGUCUUCUGGCUGCCAAUAAUAUUAUUAAUGCCAUGGAGGGAAAACCCAUGGUGAGACCUGCCUAUUAAAAAGAGAAUUUGUUAAAUAAUUAUGAAGGGAUAAAUGAAUAAAGUUACAGAAAUAAA